GGGCUUUGCCCAUUUGAAAAAUGAAAUCCGCUCAAGUUACUGCCUUCGCGACUGUGGUCGUCAGCUGUUUGCUGCUUCUGGUGCUGCCCGUACAGUCGGCACCCGGUAAGCUGAACGGUCGAGUGGUCGGCGGCGAGGACGCGGCUAAGGCACAGUUUCCCCACCAAAUCUCCCUGAGGAACGGCGGCUCCCACAGCUGUGGCGGCUCAAUUUUGUCCAGGAACUAUAUCCUAACCGCCGCCCAUUGUGUGACAAAUCAGAAUGCGAACGGAACUCUCAUUCCCGUUGCCGCGGAGCGCUUCACCAUUCGAGCGGGCUCAAACGAUCGGUUCAGUGGCGGAGUCUUGCACCAGGUGGCCGAGGUGAUUGUCCACGAGGAGUAUGGAAGUCACCGAAACGAUGUGGCUCUGCUGCGACUGGAAACCCCACUGAUCCUGUCCAGCAGCAUCAAGCCCAUCGAUCUGCCCACCGCGGACACACCAGCGGAUGUGGAUGUCGUAAUUUCCGGCUGGGGAAGGCUCAAGCAUCAGGGUGAUGUGCCGCGUUACCUGCAGUACAACACCUUGAAAUCGAUAUCCUUGGACAAGUGCGACGAGCUGAUCGGCUGGGGAAUUCAGAGCGAACUGUGCCUGCUCCACGAGGCGAACAAUGGCGCCUGCAACGGGGAUUCCGGCGGUCCAGCCGUCUACAACAACCAGGUGGUGGGCGUGGCCGGGUUCGUGUGGUCCGCCUGCGGCACCAGCUUCCCGGACGGAUAUGCCAGGGUGCAUUUCCACAACGAUUGGAUCAGGAAGAACUCGGAUCUGUGAAGGAGAUGAAACCAAAAAGCAAUGAUACAAAAUGAUAGUUAAAUAAAACUUUGUGUACUUAUUUGCAAAUAAUCGAUAUUUGACUAUCGAUAUUGGACUAUCGAUAGAUUUUAAUUAGCAAAUGUUGCUUUAUAUAAGUUUUUGCCUAACAUAAGACAUCUGUAAAAUAUCAGGAAUUCUAUCGAUAGUAAACUGUGGGCUAAAAAUAUUUAUAUAAACUAGAGAUAUUCUUAUUGUAAAAGUACUAUCGAUAAUAUGACAGCUCUACAUUGAGCACCCUAAUGGGAUUUUUUUGGUUAAAUCACUAUUCUGUUUAAAAACGUACUUGGGUUUCAAAAUAUAUAUUUAAAUGACUUGA